UGGUGUUUUGGCACAAUCAUAUAUGGACAAGCUUACAAAAGAAAUAUAUAGAAGACCUCAGAACCGAAUCUUUAGCAGAUGCUAUUGCAUUGGAAAUAGGCACUGGUGAAAGAUUGUUUGAUGGCAUCACAAUAAUGACAGAUGCAAGACACGGAUGGCGUAAAAAUGCUAAAGACUGCGACGUUGUCUGCAUAGGAAAUGAGACUCACAAGAUGUUGAACAGUGUACAUGUUACCAAACUAGAAACCCCUCUCCUCAAAGACAUGAAACUUUUGGUACCAAAAAGUUAUAUAAGGAAUUCUUCAAAGAAGAAGGAAUUCACGUAGCAACUCAUGUCCACGACUGUAAUGGUGUAGUGAAUUGCUAUGUGAGGGAUUAUGAACAGCUCACACUAAAUCAAAAUGAUUC